AUUCUAGCAUAGCAUUCACACUGAAAAUCUCAUUGACAGACAAUAGGUCUGACAAGCCCAACACAAAUAUCCAUAGCCCAAAACCGGAAAACUUCAGCAUUUUGGGAUCCAUUCACAUGUUUGAAAGAAUCUAAAAGUGGAAUCGCAAAAUUGACAAUGGCAGCAAGGCAGCCCACUCCCCGCCAGCUGGCGUACCUCGACGAGCUGAAGAUGCGAUUGCAGGAGCUCCGCGAUCGCCAGGCGUCCUUCAUGGAGCAAACGGCCAAGAUACUCAGCCAGAUGAGCUCCUCCAGUAUGGAUGUGACGGACUCCGAAACACUACCAACCGAUUCGAUGGAUGAAAAUGGGACAAUCACUACUCCAGCGGGUGUGGGUGCCGGGAUCACCAAGGGUUCCAAGGGCAAUCUUAAUAUUAAGAAACUGAUCCAGCGCUUUGAAGAUCUGCGGAAGAACUCGCAGGAGUUUGGCGAUCUCCCCGAGGUUCCCGAGGAACUGAUCAACGUGGAUGUGCGCCGCAUUCUCAAUGGCUACGAGAAACUCAUCGAAGAUGGCCAUGUUCUCCAGCAAUCCUGGUUUCUGCUCAAGAAGUCCACGGAGAGUUGCGCUCGUUUCGCCAGCGCAAAUGGCAUGAAAUCGGAGGAUCGUCCACCGUUGAAGACCAACUCUGGUAUCAUUGAGGUGGUACCAGAACGUAGUCCUGAGGUGGCUGGAACCCCGCCCAUUAAGAAAUCUAAAUCGCUGCUCUCGAAUGUGGUCACAAGUUCGGAGAUAGUGGAUAAGAAGGCAGAGGUUUUCACCACCAAGAAUGUAAAGGCUAAAUGUAAUUCCCAGGACUAUGGUCGUGCGCGUUGGGGAGCCUUUAUGCAAUUGAUCAUACGCGUGCUUCGUCCAUUCCACGGCGGCAGCAGCAAGACAAAGAAAAAUCACAACGGCAACAACAUGAGGAUUCCCAGCCACCUGCCACCGAAGAGGAAGCCCAUCUACUAGGCCUUUUCAACACAAAAAACCACAAGUGAAGAUCCAAACUAAGCCAAACCAAUCCCCCCAAAAUCCCACUAAAAAUAAUCCAAUAAAACCGAUCCCAUCGAAAAGACGCGUUAAUCAAUAGCCAACACCACA